GUGGAAUAACCAGUAGAACGCAGACCCAGGAACAGCCCCGCCUCGGAGAUAGCUGCCGCGGUCGCGGGGAAUCACUCCAGCUGAUUCGGCUCCGGGAGGGACCUGGCGCUGUGCUAGCUUCUGCGCUUCAGCGCUGCCGUCGGGGUUAGGACUGUGGAUGGCCGCCGAGCAGAGGCUUGGCCGGCUAGAGCAGAGAGCUACGGACCGCUCACUGGGCGGCAGGCCAGAACUGGGGACCCAUCCCCGUAGUCUGACUAUUCGAACAAAGUGGAGGGGUGGCUAGGGAUGGCAGUGUGAUUGUGAGGGGGCCCAGAGACCCCGCCCCCAGGCCAUGAGACUGUCCCAGUGAGACGGUCCUUACUUCUGAUCUGGGUCCUAGACUUAGCUCGCCAUGAAGAGGCAAAACGUGCGCACCGCGUCGCUCAUUCUCUGCACCUUCUCUUAUCUGCUGGUGGGCGCCGCCGUGUUCGACGCGCUGGAGUCGGAGACUGAGAGCGCCCGAAAGCGGCUCCUGGAGCAGAAGCGAAGUGAGUUUCGCAGGAAAUAUCGCUUCUCAGCCGAGGACUACCGCGAGCUGGAGCGCUUGGUGCUGCAGGCGGAGCCGCACCGUGCUGGCCGCCAGUGGAAGUUCGCCGGGUCCUUCUACUUCGCCAUCACAGUCAUUACCACCAUCGGGUACGGCCACGCCGCUCCAGGCACGGACGCGGGCAAAAUAUUCUGUAUGUUCUAUGCCAUCCUGGGCAUCCCCCUGACGUUGGUCACGUUCCAGAGCUUGGGAGAGCGCAUGAAUGUUCUGGUCCGCCGGCUGCUGCAGCGUCUGAAGCGCUGCGUGGGACUGCGGCGCACUCAGGUGUCUACGGAGAACAUGGUGGUCGUGGGGCUGCUCUCGUGCGUGGGCACGCUGGCUAUGGGUGCCGCCGCCUUCUCCCACUUCGAAGGCUGGACCUUCUUCCACGCCUACUACUACUGCUUCAUCACGCUCACUACCAUCGGCUUUGGCGACUUCGUGGCGCUGCAGCGGGACGAGGCGCUGCACAAGCGGCCUCCCUACGUAGCCUUCAGCUUCCUCUACAUCUUGCUGGGCCUGACGGUCAUAGGCGCCUUUCUCAACCUCGUGGUGCUGCGCUUCCUCACUCUCAACGCCGAGGAUGAGAGACGAGACGCCGAGGGACGGGCCUCACUGCGUCGGGUCCGGCCGGGUGACUCCUUGAGACCGUCGAAGGAGCUGGCCCGCAGCCGAGCCCUGCCUCCCUCCGAUCCCAGCCCUUUCCCUGGCCUCGGGGACCGGAGCUGCAGCCGGCUGAAGCUUAUCCGACCUCUCACUGCGGCGGCUUCUCUGCCCCAUCGGCCUGCCUCCCAGAGCCAUCCCGAGACUCCUCCGCCGAGCUGUCAUUCCAACCCGGUUUAUUGCGGUUCUGUCUCCUACCGGAUCGACCAGUUAUCGCUGGGAGCCAGGGAUAACCUCGGCUUCUCACCUCCUGGGAGCAUCACGUCCUCGGGCAGUGCUUUUGGCCGGAUUCCGACCCGUCGGAAGUCAGUCUGAGCUAAAGGUGUUGAAAAUAACGUCGUAUUUGGAGCUGGGAGAGACCUGGGAGAAGUGUAGUG